UUUCCCCCUUCCCCAUGCGACCCCUCCUCCCCUUCGCCCCUGUGGCCUUGUACCGCCUCUUCCUCCCUCCCUCCCUCCCUCGUCCGCUCUUCCUCUCUCUCUCUCCCACUUCCUUCUCCUUCUCUUCGCCCUUCCCCUCAAGAUUUUGCGUUUUCCGCGUCGGUGCCAUUUUGGUUGUGAUCGUGGGAUCAUCAUCUUCUCCUUACGCUCCGUUCCCCAGACACCAAUCAAGGUUUCCCAAUCGCCUCGAAUCAUCAGCCCUCUCGUUGCCAUCGCUGUGGGAGGAGUUAACCAUCAUGAGCUCAUCCGGAUACGGCCAAAAGGAGAAGGUCCUCAGUCGGAUUGCUGCAAAUCGGUUGCAGAAAGAGCUGACCGAGUGGCAAGUGAAUGCCCCGUGUGGAUUCAAGCAUAAAGUCACCGACAAUCUGCAAAGAUGGGUAAUCGAGGUGCAGGGAGCUGCUGAUACAUUAUACGAGGGAGAAACGUUUCAAUUGCAAGUUGAUUUCCCAGAACAUUAUCCGAUGGAAGCACCCCAGGUCAUAUUCAUGCACGUGCCUCCUUUGCACCCGCACAUCUACAGCAAUGGCCAUAUAUGUCUUGAUAUUCUUUAUGACUCUUGGUCACCAGCAAUGACCGUGAGUUCUAUCUGCAUCAGCAUCCUGUCCAUGUUGUCUAGUUCAACUGUGAAGGCCAGACCACCUGAUGACGAUCGUUAUGUGAGGAAAUGCCGAAAUGGCAGAUCUCCCAAGGAAACACGGUGGUGGUUUCAUGACGAUAAAGUAUGAGUUACCAGAUGACGUCCCAAUCUUAUUCAGAGGGAUGCAUAUUGAGAUGCAAUACAACAACGAAUUGCUAGUAGGCAUGAACUGUAUUAUUACAACGUAGUUGUAUCCUUUGUAUUUCUGUUGUUUGUCACUUUUAUUGGUAAGCAAGAUACAUACGUUGCAUUCCAACAAGUAUAGUUAGAAGCCAAUGCGUAGCAUAUUUUUUUUUCUUGGUAGCUAGGUUUAUUUUUUGUAACUUUUCUUCUCUAUUUUCCUUGCUCUAAAUUGUUGGGGGUCUGUUUGAUGCUAAUUUGAAUGUCUACUACUUGGCUUUCCAAUGCUUAUCAUUAUGACGUCACGAUUGUCAUAAUCAUAACCGAAGCCAAAAAGCUCA